UUUCAGAGUUGUAUUAAAUUGCUCCUCCAGCACCUCCUCUCCUCAUCCUCCAAACCCUCUCAUCUGACCCUCAUCAGCCUCUCAAGUGACAAGGCCACUCUCAGCACACACUGACAACAUGCUGGGGACCCUCUGCACUCUCAUCACCGCUCUAACAUGUGUGAGUGGUGUGACGGUGGUGACACAGAAGCCUCCUGUUGUGACCGUGAGGAAAGGAGAGACAGUCACCAUGGACUGUAACCUGGGGACUGUUACUAACACCUAUGCUAGCUGGUACAAACAGAUUCCAGGAGGAGUUCCUCAGUAUGUCCUGAGGUAUUAUCAUGGUCAUAGUUCUCCAAGCUAUGGUUCUGGUUUCUCUUCUCCCAAAUUCACAUCCACUCAUCAGUCGACAUCAGAAUAUCGUUUGUCCAUAAACAACGUGGAGGAGGGAGACUCUGCUGUUUAUCACUGUAGCACAUGGGAUACCUCUGCUAGUGAAGCUGUAUUCGGACAAGGGACCAAGCUGAUUGUGACUGGCUCCAGCCUCUCUCCUCCUGUCCUGACUGUCUUCCCUCCGUCCAGUGCUGAGCUCAGCUCCAACAAAGCCAGUCUGCUCUGUCUGUCCAGUCAGCCUGUGCCUUUUGCAGAAGUGACCUGGUUGGUCGAUGGGAGCCCAGUGAGCAGUGGGAUCUCUACCAGCACCGCCGUCCACCAACCGGACCAGACUUUCAAAAUCAGCAGCUAUCUGGCCAUCCAGACGUCAGACUGGAACAUGGACAAGAUUUACACAUGUAAAGUGUCUCUGGGCUCCCAGACGUCAGAGAAAAACAUCAACAAGUCCGUCUGCACCACUGAAGAAUAACAGAGGAGCAGAAUGACCAUUUAAAACCUGCUUCUUUUCUCCUGUUUGUGCUUUGUUUCAUUCAGGAAAUGCAUUUGUAUGCUUGUGACACACGUUGUGAGGGUUGGGUGGUGGUGUUCUAUCAACUUUGCAACUGUUGCUUUCAAUAAAAAAUCCUUAAGUACAAAA